AUGGGAAUUUCGAUAGUGAGGGUGGGGAAGGUACUUUUGGGGGUGGCUGUGGUGAUGAUGAGUUUCAUCUCUGACUCAUGCGUACAAGGAAUAAGGAAGAUGGAGAUGAAGAUGGAGAUGAAGAAGAAUAAGGGUGGUGAAGGUGAUGAUCAUGGCAACAACAAAUUAGGGAAAAAGGAGCCAGAGUGGUUCUUUGAUGGUCCUGCUGCAGGCAAUCCCAAUGUUCCUGGUGGGGUUAGUGGCGGUGGUGGUUUUGGAGGAGAGGGGAAAGGGUUUGGUUUUAGUUUUGGCGGGCAGGGAUCCUAUAGUUACAGCUAUGGUACUUCUGGGAAACCUGCCAAUACAAUUGGUUUUGGAAAGCCUGACUGUGUUGGAAAAGGUGGCGGAGCUGGUGGUGGGAUAGGCAAAGGUGGAGGAGCUGGUGGUGGGAUAGGCAAAGGUGGAGGGUCUGGUGGUGGAAGCCACCAUAAGACUAAAAAAGAGAAGAAGCACCAUCAAGGUGGUGCUGGAGGUGGAAUUGGGGGAGGCAUCGGCAAAGGAAUUGGUGGUGGAGGUCAUGGUGCUCAAGGAGCUGGUCAUGGAGGCAUUGGCAAAGGAGGUGGUGUUGGUGGCGGCAUUGGUAAAGGAGGGGGUGUUGGUGGUGGCAUCGGCAAAGGAGGGGGUGUCGGUGGCGGCAUCGGCAAAGGAGGGGGUGUCGGAGGCGGCAUUGAAUAA